AUGGCAGCCGACCCUCGCACCCGCCAGCAGUCCACCUCCCACAUCCUCAAAACCGGCAAGCGGGGCAAUCCAUUUGUCAAGGACACCCACGACCUCUUCUCAACCCUCGUCGCCUCCCUCCAGCUCUCCACCAACACCCGCUUCUUCCGCUCCUACCCCAACUCAUUCACCACCGACGAUGCCGCCGCCAACCUCUCCUCCCUCCGCUUCUCCCAGUCCAACCGCUCGACAGACCCCAACGACCCCUCCCGGAUCGUCACCACAACCACCACCACCACCUUCUCCAUGAACCGCGACAUCGCAAAGGGCAUCUGCCAGCACUUCAUGGACGCCCGCCUCAUCGAGAACGCCGCCGACCCGCUCAACCCGACCUUUAAGGAGCGCGGCAUCUACCAGAUCACCCCCAAGGGCCUCCACGUCCUCGAGCGCUUCAUCACCAAGAACGGCAUCCAUGCCGACCAUCUCGUCCGCGUCUUCACCACCCAGCCCAUCUGCAUGAAGCUCCUCCACCUCGAGCGCCGCCCAACCGACGACGAGAUCCACAUCACCCCCAACGUCAUCAACGUCGUCUUCAAGCGCUUCUCCGGCGGCCGCUCCCCCAACUACGUCUCCGACCCCGCCGAGCUCCACCGGAACACCGCCCUGCGUCCGUUCAGCGAGAACCCCCGGCUGACGCCCAACUACGACCGCAGCCUGGGCGUCGAGCUCCAGGACGUCCGCGAGCGAGCGGCGAGCGGGACAACCUUGCUGGUCAAGCACGUCUUCUCCUCCACCGUGGCCAUCGACUGGCUCGUCGACUUCUCCACCUGCUGCGGCAGGGAGGAGGCCGCCGAGCUGCUCGCCCACUUCGUCCGCUACGGCCUCAUCACCCUCCACAUCGACCGCUCCAAGGGCGCCGACAAGGUCGCCCACGCCCUCGUCCGCGCCCCCGCCAGCGAGCCCACCAUCCCCGGCGUCUCCCUGGAGGGCCAGUUCAAGUACGGAGCCAAGGUGACCUACCGGAUCACCGACGAGGGCCGUCGGCUCAGCGGGCUCGACGGCAGCACCGAGCGGGCCCACUACAAGAUCGGCGUCGCAGCCACCACCCGGACCUCCGAGGACGACCUCCAGUCCGUCUCCCACCACCACCACCAGACUAACAGCAGCCAACAUCAUCAUCAGCAGCACCAGCAGCACCACCACCACCACCCGACGGCCGACCCGACCUCCCUCGGCCCCCUGGCCGACCAAGGCCAGCAGCAGAACGAGGGCCGACAGGUGCUCCGGGACAUCCUGCAUGCCGACAGCUCCGACGGCUCGGCCUGGGUGCGCGACGCCACCUCGUCGAGUGCCCGGCUGAAGGCCAUCCUCGGCGAGCCCGCCCUGCGCUCGCUCUUCCGGGACUUCCUACGCUCGCACAUCUGCGAAGAGAACCUGCACUACUGGAUCGACGUGCAAGAGUUCCGCCGUAGGUUUGCGACCUCAUCGACGGCGGUGGGUGUCGGCUCGGCACCGCACUCGUCGUCGUCCAGCAAGAAGAAGGCGCCCUCCUCUGCCGCCUCGGCCAUGGAGCAACACCAGGAGAAGCUCGUCGCCACCGCCCUGCUCAUCUUCAACUCCUACCUCGCCCCCGGCUCGCCCUCCGAGCUCAACAUCGACCACAACCUCCGCGCCGACGUCAUCAGCUACAUGUCCCGCGCCGUCGACGAGGCCAAAGGCACACCCAACUCGCCGGAGACCAACGAGGGAUCGGUGCCUGCUCUGAGGGCGACCCAGGUCCAGGCACUGCUGCGGCACUACGAACGGAUAGCCGACCACAUCUACCGGUUGAUGGCCACGGACCAGGUGCCGAAGUUUGUGCGGACGGAGCGGUUCCUGGAGAUCCUAUCGGCGCAGCAGCUGGACGAGAGCCGGGACGGGUCGGCGACGACGCUGACGAGCGGCGGUGUUGGAAGGGGGACGGCUGGCACAAGGAAGAGUAGCAGCCCGAUGACCAGCGAGCUCCGGCUGCCCGCCACGCUGCUCAAGCAGCCCUCCGCGUACAGCAAGAAGUUCAAGAAACAGCCCGCCUCGACGGCCGACUCCCCCGUGUCCUCCUCGCCCUCGUCCCCGCUCGCCAACCCGCCCCUCCCGCUCGCUUCAGCCGCCCCCGUCGCGGGCCCAGGGCCGACACGAAACACGCUCACGGCUGCUUCGGCGGCCGCCUUCAGCCACGGCUUGGCCCGCAACCCUCCCCCUCCCGCCCCCGUCGUCGGCGCAGCCCAGCCUCCCGUGGCCCCCGACGACGCCCGCCUGACCCCGCCCGACUCCGCGCCCUCUCUGCCCACCGCCCCGGCCCCCUCGGCCCUGCUCGCCCGUCUCUCCCUCCACCCGCCCGGCCACACGCCCUCGCCUCCCUAG